AUAUGGAAUGCAGCAGGAAACCCAUGAUUUCCUGACACUUAGCAAGCUGGAGAAAGAAAGGAAAAACUCCAUUUAAAAAAAAAAAAUCCCGGCUUUCCUCCAUGUUAGAUGUGAAAUGGAAAAUGGGAAGGAUUUAGAAGAAAUCCCUGGUGUCUCCAGCCAAAUUGGAGAAAGGGAGGAAAGAGCGAAAGCUUCAGGCUGCUGCUAUCUUUCAAGAUCAUAGUAAACACCCAGAUCUCUAAGAAAAUGAGGGUGUCUUGAUUCAAACGAACAAGGGAAAGAAAAGCUAUUUUAUUUGUCUUUCAAAGUGGACAUUCCCUUUUUUUACCAGCAUGGUAAAGUGAGAGGGCAAACGGCAGCCACCUGGAAAAUGUUAAGUCUGAGCCAAGAGUACCCAGCUAAGUGAGGGUAAACACAACCUGGGCGCUCACUCGGGUUUUUCUUAAUGCGCUCCUAAAAGAACCUGAAGGAUCAGGAACAGCCCCAGGAAGAAUGAACUGCAAAGAAGAGACAGAGGAAAGUGGCUGCUCCAGCGAGGACGUGAAGAAACCAUUGAAGUGUGUGGUGGUCGGGGACGGUGCAGUGGGGAAAACCUGCUUACUGAUGAGUUACGCCAAUGACGCCUUCCCAGAGGAGUACGUGCCUACUGUAUUUGACCACUAUGCAGUUACUGUGACAGUGGGAGGCAAGCAGCACUUGCUUGGACUAUAUGACACAGCAGGACAGGAGGACUACAACCAACUGAGACCACUCUCCUACCCCAACACAGAUGUAUUUCUGAUCUGUUUUUCUGUUGUAAAUCCUGCCUCUUAUCACAACGUCCAGGAAGAAUGGGUACCAGAACUGAAAGGCUGCAUGCCCCACGUCCCUUUCGUCCUCAUAGGAACACAGAUUGAUCUUCGUGAUGAUCCCAAAACGUUGGCUCGGUUGUUCUACAUGAAAGAGAAACCCCUCACUUAUGAACAUGGAGUGAAGCUUGCCAAGGCGAUUGGAGCACAGUGCUACUUGGAAUGUUCAGCCCUGACUCAGAAAGGCCUUAAAACAGUCUUUGAUGAAGCAAUACUUGCCAUUUUUCACCCUAAGAAGAAGAGACAGCAUUGCUCCAGGUGUUGCCACAGCUGUUGCACCAUUGCAUGAAAUUAUUUGAAAUAUUGUUCCAAGAGCCCAGAGGAGUGAGGAUGCCUCUCCAUCUUGGGACUCCCUUACACCCCUAGAGAGAAUACAUGACCACAGCAGGAAUUCACUUCAAAUCAAGAACUUCCUCCAGUCUAUGAGACUUCACAUUAAUCAGCCAACUGUUCUUUUCUUCCUCAAGUCCCAUACUUUAAAAGAAUGCCCUGCGCCAAUAUUACAGCUGGGACAGCUGAUGAUGAUGUUGAAAACAAAA